AUGCCUGGGGCAGUGACGUCAGCCGCUGUGGCCUGGUUUGUAGAGCUGGAGGCUGGCCUUUUGAUGUCCCGCACCCUGCAGCAGGCCCAGACCAUGGAGCCAGGAGCCACGCUGACUAUUGGGGCCCUGCUGAUUAUUGGGCUCCUGGAAAACAUGGAACCGAAUCUUAAGCAAACCCCUUAUUUUCGUUGUCAAAAGGGAAAUGAUUCGAUCCCUCUGUGCCAGAAGUGUGAAACGUGUAUCUUAGCAUGGAAGAUCUUUUCUACUAAAGAGUGGUUCCAAAGGGUCAGCGACAUGACACAGAGGAGGUUUCUAGUUAGCAUUCUACUUCAGUUAAAUAGCUUAUACUUACUACACUAUUUCCAAAAUAUCCUGCAGACCACUCAGGGAAAGGAUUUUAUCUAUAAUAGAUCCCGGAUCUCCCUCAGCAGGCUGGAGAGGAAGAAGGAGAAGUCUGUGAAGUCCUCCUUGAACCAGUUGUUGGAGAAAACCGCAGAGGAGAAGAUGAAGGAGAUCUUGUACUGGUUUUGCGACAGCACCUACUGGACCAAGGCAAAUUUUACUGUCUUCCUGCUGCAGAUGUGCAAUGAAAAACUGCUGCUCACUGCUGCGAGUGUGAUCAGAGUCCUGUUUCUGAGAGAGUGGAACAAGGUCUCAGUGCUCCAUCCAGACUCCAUUGAUAUGGUGUUUUUCCCUAAGAAAGGUUACACCACCAUAUCUGAGUUUCCACAUGUGUAUUGGGCAACUAAACCCAGAUCUAUGUCAUUCCCCUUGCGUAGAACUUCAGCAAAAAAAGACACGCUUGGAGAUGUGGGAAAAGUAACUGGUAAACAACACAAGAACUUAUUCCAUUGUAUUUCUGAGACGAAUAAGCUGCUGCCUAAAAAAUCAUGCAUGCUUAAACUAGAGGAUGAUCCUUGCAGUCUGCUGGUAGACAUGAAGGCUGUCAGACGCCUGUCUUCUGGGUGCAGUAAAUACCGGGACUUCAUCCGUCUACUGCCCAUCCACCUCUCCAAGUACAUUCUAAGACUGCUGGAUAAAAACAGCCUGAACAAAUGUAUCUCUGUGAGCCAGCACUGGGCCUCCCUGGCCCAGCAAGUCAAGAUGGAGUUGUCCAUGCACACCUUCAUUCAAAACCAGAUUACCAUAUUGCAGGGAUCCUACACAAAGGGAAUAGAUCCUAAUUAUGCCAACAAGCUUCUUAUCCCUGUUCCUAAAAUGACAGAUGAUGGGAAACGCAUGCGUGCGAAAACUCCAAAGUGGAAACUGAGAACAAAGAGUGACUACAGCCUGUGGACUGCCUACCAGAACCAGGAAACGCAGAUGAUCCAGAUGGAGGAGAGAAAUGUUUUCUGUGGCACCUACAAUAUCCGCAUUAUCUCUGACACGUGGGACCGAAACAGAAUCAUCCACUAUUCGGGGGGAAAUCUGAUAGCUGUGGCAUCAAAUCGGAAGUUGUACCUUAUUGAUAUCUUACAAGUCAAGGAGCUGCGCACCGAGUUCCGAGGCCAUGCUGGGAGCGUCCGGACCAUCUUCCUCGCUGAAAAGGAAAUGUUUCUCCUAAGUGGGAGUUAUGACCUAAGUAUCAGAUACUGGGAUCUGAAAACUGGGAGUUGCAUAAAAAUCUUCUAUGGCCACCAGGGGACAAUCACUUGCAUGGAUGUCUAUAAGAACAAGCUUGCAUCUGGAGCAAAAGAUGGCCAAGUGAAAGAGUGGGAAUUAGAUUCUGGGAAGUGCCUGAAGACAUUUAAACACAAAGACCCCAUCUCAGCCAUCAAGAUAAGUGAAACCUACAUUAUAAGCACCUGUGAGAAAGGGCUCAUCAAAGUGUGGCACAUUGCUAACACCCAGCUGGUAAAGACUCUCAUGGGGCAUGAGGGAAUUGUGAGGUGCCUGUUCUUUGACGAGUGGCAUCUUGUCUCGGGAGGUGCUGAUGGCCUGGUCAUGGGCUGGAGCAUGGUGGGGAAGUACGAGAGGUGUCUGAUGGCCUUCAAGCAUCCAAAGGAGGUACUGCAAGUGUCCCUUCUCUAUCUCCGGGUUAUCAGCGCCUGUGCAGAUGGCAAGAUACGCAUUUACAAUUUUCUCAAUGGAAACUGUCUGAAACUGAUAAAAGUCGAAGCCAGAGGUGAUCCUGUGCUGUCCUUCUUUUAUCAUGGCAACAGGAUGGUGGUAAACACAGUGAGCAAUAUCCUCAUGUUCCACUUUGAGAAUGUGAAGUGGCAGUACUCCCAGGAAAGAACUAAACUGAAGAAGAAGGAGAAAGAGGAAGAAAAGGAAGAAAUCAACCUUGAUAUUGUUUCCAAGUCUAACAUUCGUCUUCAUAACCUAAAAGACUCUGGACCUAGUAAACACACAGAGAUCCAGGAGUUACAGUCAAAAAAGACUUCUAAGUCCCGUGUUACGGAGAAGCUAUCCAAGUCAGCAUCAGAUAUGAAAACUUCCAUUGACCUGAUCAAUCAGUCAAAGAAAAAGUCAUGGAAAAUCCCGAUGACACCUGACCGGUUCCUCUUGACUGUCAAUGCUCUGCAAAAAGCCCACAAUUCUGAGGAAUUUGCUUAUCCUCACAGGCCCCAAAUCCAAACCAUUGAUGACUUGCAAUCUUCAAUUUCAUAUCCAAGGAAGGUCCUAAAUUUCAAAGGAAAAUCAAUUCAACAUGCAGUUGAUAAGUUGAAGUCAAGCAAUCCUUUUCUAGAUGUGAAACAAACCAAUAUACCCCUUAAAAUCCAGAAACUGCAGCCCAACUUGAAAAACUCUUUGCACAGUCCCAGUGUUCAGUCUACCAUACCCCAGCCCAUGAUUAUCUCCAGGUUCUAUGGCAGCUUGAGUAAAGAACCAUUUACCAGUUCAAUCGAAGGGGCAGUCCGUAGUAUAGGCCCUCUGACCAGCAUGCAGGUCAUUAAACCCAACCGAAUACUAGUUCCACAAAUAAGUACUAGCACCCUGCCUCUCAAGAAAGAACGGCCUCGCUUCUACACAAACCUAGAUCCUCUUCGCACAAACACGGAAUUCAUGCUGAUGACUGUGAAAGAAGAGAAAGAGUAUGAGGAAGCCAAGAUAAAGGCGUUUAAGGACAGUCAGUCGACUAAAGUUGUAGAUCCAGGAAAAAAGAGCAAAGCUGCAUGGAUCUUGAAGACUAAAGGUCUACCUAUUGAUGACUUCAUGAAGCAAGGGAAAAUAGCAGCCCCUGAACUUGGAGAAAACGUAUUUAUCUAAACUAGCCUUGGGAAAUUACCAUGUCUUACA